GAUACACAACACAGCAUGUGUCAGAUUCGUAAGCGAAGGAUUCAAGUACGAAUUUUCAGUAGCUCCAAGCGAGAGUGGAAGCCUCUGGAGGACCACAGCUGCACAGAUGUACCAUGGCUGCUCUUGUUCAUCCUCUUCUGCGUAGGAAUGGGUUUUAUCUGUGGCUUUUCAAUAGCUACAGGAGCAGCUGCAAGACUGCUUUCAGGAUAUGACAGUUAUGGAAAUAUCUGUGGACAGAAAAAUGUCAAGGUGGAGGGAAUAGUCAACAGUGGUCUGGACCUCACACAGAAGAAGUAUGUGUUCUUUUUGGAUCCGUGCAACAUUGAUCUAGUACAUCAGAAGAUCAAAUCUCUUGCUUUGUGUGUAUCAGCUUGCCCAAGGAAAGAACUAAAGACUCUGGCUGAUGUUCAGAAAUUUGCAGAAACUAAUGGAUCCACUCUGUGUAGCUAUGAACUACAGCCAUCAGAAUACACUACAGAUCCAAGGGCUGCCAAGUUAUGUCCUAAAUACCCUGUUCCAGAGAGUGCACCUAUUCCAUUCUUCCAUCGCUGUGCUCCUGUGAACAUUUCCUGCUAUGCCAAGUUUGCAGAGGCCCUGAUCACCUUUGUCAGUGACAGUAGUGUCUUACACAGGCUGAUUAGUGGAGUUAUGACCAGCAAAGAGAUUAUAAUGGGACUUUGCUUGUUAUCACUAGUGUUGUCCAUGAUUUUGAUGGUCAUAAUCAGGUACAUUUCAAGAGUACUUGUCUGGAUUUUAACAAUUAUUGUCAUUCUGGGAUCACUUGGUGGUACAGGAGUCCUGUGGUGGCUCUAUGCUAAGCAACGAAUAUCUGCCAGUGAUGUUGAGACUCAAAUAGCCAAAGAAAAUCUUCAGGCUCUCCUGAUCUAUGCCAUUUCAGCUACAGUCUUCACAGUUAUAUUGUUCUUGAUAAUGCUAAUUAUGCGCAAACGAGUAGCUCUCACCAUUGCCUUGUUCCAUGUGGCCGGCAAGGUCUUCAUUCACUUGCCGCUGCUAGUCUUCCAACCAUUUUGGACAUUCUUUGUGCUUAUCCUCUUCUGGACAUACUGGAUCACAGUCCUGCUUUUCCUUGGUACUACAGGUAAUCCUGUCCCAAAUGAAGAAGGAUUUGUUGAAUUUCGGAUGGUAGGCCCUCUGAAAUACAUGUGGUGGUACCAUGUAGUGGGACUGAUCUGGAUCAGUGAGUUUAUCUUAGCCUGUCAGCAGAUGACAGUAGCUGGAGCUGUUGUGACAUACUAUUUCACAAGGGAGAAAAGGAACCUGCCAUUUACUCCUAUCCUGGCAUCUGUUAAUCGCCUUGUUUGUUACCAUCUAGGAACAGUAGCAAAGGGGUCUUUCAUUAUCACAUUAGUGAAGAUACCACGAAUGAUUCUUAUGUAUAUCCAUACACAACUCAAAGGAAAAGAAAAUGCUUGUGCUCGCUGUAUGCUUAAAGCUUGCAUCUGCUGCCUUUGGUGUCUAGAAAAGUGCCUGACCUACUUAAAUCAGAAUGCAUACACAGCCACAGCUAUCAACAGCACCAACUUCUGCACCUCAGCAAAGGAUGCCUUUGUUAUUCUAGUGGAGAAUGCUUUGCGAGUGGCUGCCAUAAACACUGUUGGGGAUUUUAUGUUGUUUCUGGGAAAGGUCCUGAUUGUCUGCAGUACAGGUUUGGCUGGGAUUAUGUUGCUGAAUUACCAACGAGAUUACACUGUCUGGGUGUUGCCUCUCAUCAUUGUCUGCCUCUUUGCGUUCCUGGUUGCUCACUGCUUCCUUUCCAUUUACGAAAUGGUUGUUGAUGUCCUUUUCUUAUGUUUUGCCAUCGAUACAAAAUACAAUGAUGGAAGCCCUGGGAGGGAAUUCUACAUGGAUAAAGUUCUCAUGGAGUUUGUGGAGAAUAGUAGGAAAUCUAUGAAGGAAGCUGGCCGGGGAGGUGGAGCUGAGGGCAGAGAGCUAAAACCAAUGGCCUCUGGAGCAAGUUCAUCUUGAAACUAGCCAGCCAUAUUGGAACCCAUUGACAUUCCAAAACAAAAUAUAUAUAUACAUAUAUACAUACAUAUAUAUAUAUAUAUAUAAAAUAAACAGCCAAAAUCAGAGAAAAGGAACAGGGAUUUAAUACUUUUUUUAACAAUUAUUUUUGUGAAACAUGUACUCUUUUCAUACGGGUGGCUUUUACAAGCAGCUUUAUCAUUGUUCCAUUUUUUAAAAAUUAUUCAUUGAAGUCAUGGAAAUGUUGAUUCUUAUCUGCUUGAUAUUUUACAAUCUGGAGGAAGUAUUGUAAAGAUAAUCUGAAAUGAUGAUUGCGUUUAGGGACAGAUUUCCCAUGACACAGCUAAUCUGCUGAGUGUUUUAUUUGUUUAAUUUGUUUAAAUUUGCAUUAAAUUUAGGACAGCCACAUGUGAGGAAAACCUUCAAAUCAAGACAAGUCUUAAAUUUAGGUUUUUAAAAGGUAGUUUCAGUGUGAGUUAAUUCAGUUCUAACUGGUUUGUAAGCAGUCAUUUUAUUUCAUAGCCCUGGUAGGGCACAGUUUUGUUUGUCAGUAUCAGAUAUCACAAUAACCAACUCCUCAGGUAUUCAGGUGUGUGGGAGCCCUUGCAUCUCCUAUUCAACAGAAACUAUAAAAUGGGGAAUAAUAAUUUUUAUAUGCAAUCUACUUCCUGUUUUACCUUACUUACCCUCUUACCCAUUCUCCCCUAUCCUCCCGUUGAGUUCAGUAGCCUCCUUCAAACUUCAGCAGUGCUCCUUUAAGGGUAUGGAUUCUUCAUAUGAGCAAUUCAAAUAACAGAUUAUUAAAGCUCAGUCUUAGCCAUACUCAUGAUUAUUUCAUGACUAGAUAUAAAGAUGCUGAGGAUGGGAAAAGAAAUGAACUGUCUUACUGUACAAAAAAGUACUGUAUGUUUCAUUUCAUUUAAUGUCAGGGAGGUCUGGGAUGUGGAAGGGACCAUUCCUUGCCUGUUUUUUCAUCCAUAUUUCUAUGUACUUUAGCAGGUGGUUAUAACAGAAAAGGUCAGAGAAACAUUUCUUUGGAAGUGUAACUGCCAGGAUAGUUAUCUAAAGUCAUCAAAUAAUGAUAAGAGAACGUGUUUUUUGUUUUGUUUUUGUUUUAAAAAGAAAGAUUAUUAUGAUUCUGAGAUAUUUGCAUUUUUUCAGUCUGGAAGUUCACCAGAUAUGAAUGCUACUAUUGAAUUGUUCAGCAUAUUGUAAUGGUAAAUGCUUAGAAGUGUAUUGCUAAGAAUUCAUGAUCUGUCAAUGCUAUAUACUCCUUUUGUUACAAUUUUUUUAAGAAAACUAUUUUUGUUAAUGUAAAGUUAAUAUUUCAGAGCAGAAUUUUUAAACUUAUUGCACUAAAUAUAAGCUCUGUACAAAUAAGUAAUGCCUCAAUGGUUUGAUCACUCCAUUCAAGAAAAUCUUUCGAAAGAUAAAAGUCCUUCUGUAGAAGCUCUACAAUGGAGUGGAGGGGUAUGUCUAGGUAAAGAAAUGCACAACUCAUAUUAUUGUGGUUUAAUAAGUAAGCAGUUCUCUGUGCUUCCUUUCAGAGGAUCAGACUUUUAAAUUGCUGCUGAGGGUUUAAAAAGGUAGAGUAUCGUGUAACUAAUCAGUGCUCUUACCUUUUAGCAAUAGUGGAAUAUUUCACUUUUGCUUCUGUAAGUCAUUUGAUUCUUAGAUUUGUUUAGUUUUCUUUCAGUAAGCCAAUUAAUAAAAAGAUUUACUGUUUUCAUAUCACAGAAACCAAACUGUAUGAGAAGUAAGAAAAUAAAAGUACAUUUAGAAAUGCUGUCUGGGGGGGAGGCAGGGAGACAGAAUUAUCCAGUCUUGCAAGCAUUAGACACUUGUUUAUCUGAACCAUAUCAGUAACUCCACCGACAUCAGGAGGGCUCUCUUACGUAGGGAAAUUGUAAGUUGUACAUCUGUGCAUAUGUGUAUGUUAACUGGACUAGAACUUCAACCUAGGAUUCAAACUGGAGCACUGUCGAGGCCUCUAAAUGUGAGCUAGAGGUCAGGCUAUCUAGAAGAAGCAGUUGCACUGAACACUGAUAUUCGUGUAGAUCAGUGGGGUUUAGCAACAAAAAUUUUAAAACUGGCUCAGAUGAGUCCUAGAAACUGGAUUCCAAGGCUAAGAGACUUAUCACAUACGCAGUUGCUUCCAGAGAAACUGUAAUUUCUGUCUUGUUUGGAAAUUAUUGGAGGUGCUUUGAUCGAAGCCUUGGAUUCUACUCAUUUUGACAACAAAUACCUGCCGUGACAAGUUCUGCAAGUUUGUGCUCUCUGCUCACUCGAAGUGGGAGCUUUUCUCUGCAAUCACAACUAGGACUGCAAUUGGAAACAAAUUUUGUAUUUUUGUAUGACUUGACUGUGCACCAUUUUUAUAGCAGUUUAUCCUGUUUUAAAAAUAAAUUUGUUUUAUUUACAUGGUGUUUAAAAGGUACAGGCAACACUUUUCUAUGGGUAGCUGUAAUGUUUAAGUGACAAAUCUAUAUCACUACAGAGUUCUUAAUAAAAUCAUAUGCACCAUUCUUGAGUGUGUAUCCGGCAUGCAGAGCUUUUCAGUCAUGCCAAAAUGCAUUCCAUCCACAUGCAGCCUUUCCCGUGGCCCUUUAAAGCUUUUGAAUGUUCUUUGAAGUUCAUUUGCAGCCAGACUACAAGCUGCCCUCUUCCAGUGCGGUCUUGUGCAAGGAGAUAAGUAAAAGACUGGAGUCUAAAGAGACAAUUUUCAGGACAAAUUUAGCCUCUGCUUUCCUCCCCUAGUGGAGGUAGCGGAGAACAUUUGACAUGUAAAUCCCUAGUUGGCAGUAGAGUUGCUGGGGACUGCCAAUUGUGAUGGAUUAAAUAUUCUUUUUGCCAGCUGGUUAUCAAGGCCAGUAUAUGGACUGCUUUUUGGGAAGCAGUCUAGACCAACUAGUGUGGUGCUGCACUGGGAAUAACACUGCAGGAGGAGCAGAUGAGGCAGCUGAGAUACAGAAAUCAUCUCCUUGGAAAGUCCACUGAAUCAAACAGUGCUUGAGGACUGGUGCUUCAGGCUGGACAAUCUGGGUUUAAAAACCAAGCCAAUAUGAUUACUGGUUCCCAGCAUUUGUUUUUUGCAGCCAGUCUGUACCAUAGCCUCUGAUCAGCUAGGCUUCAAAGGAAAAAAGCAUGCCAUUCUUUUUAAUUGUUUAUUUUUUCACGUUAUAUUACCUUCCUUUUUGUUUUUGGAAGCUAAGCAACAUGUUAUUGCUUCUUUCAGCCCUAGAGAAUAUUUGUUCUUUUAGCUCUCAUUUCUGUAUUGCUCUUUCAGCAAAGGAGUGCCAAGCGGUCAAGUGUCAGCUCCCCUUGUCCCACCGAUCUUAGCACAUGCCUUCUCACCUUCCCAAGGCAAUGAUUCAGGAUAUCACCUGGACCGAAUGGGAGGGGGUGUAGGUGCAGAGCUGAAGUUCUGAGAUGGUUUUGGUUUUUUUUUGUGUGCGUGUGAUACCACUCCAUCACGAUGCUUGCUGUGAUUAGGAGUGCAACCCAUCAUUUCUACGAUGUCGGUGCUGCUCCGCAGCUAGACAAAGCAUGUGGUAUGGCCAGUUUAGAUCUGCAUCUUCAGCCUUCCAUUAGCUUACGUUCACGCUCCCAGCUGCCAAAAACAGGAUUGGAUUUUAUACGUGGCCUUAGCUUGGCAUGGUAACCCAAGGACUUUCUGCGUUAGGAAAGCAUGUCCUAGAAGGGACAACCUGAAGUGGAAAACCAAGUACAUGUUGUGGUGGGUUGACCCUGGCUGGCAGGUAAGCCCCUACUCAGUCCCUUGCUCCCUCCCUCCCAGGAGGACUGGGGAGAGAAUCAAAAGGGCAAAAGCAAGAAAACUGUUGUGGGUUGUGGUAAAGACAGCUCGUUAAAUUAAAGGAAAAAAAUCAAGAGAAGAAAGACAACACCAACCAAGUGAUGCAAAGGCCAUCACGCACCACCUCCCACCAGCAGACCGAUGCCCAGCCACUCUCUGAGCAAUGGCUACUCUGGAAAACUAUCUCCCUCACUCCAGUUUUAUUGCUGAGCACGGUGUUACGUGGUACGGGGGAGGUUUCUGUGGCUUCUUCGGGCCAGCCGUCCUGGCUGUGUCCUCUCCCAGCCUCUUGCCUGCUUUGUGGGGAGGGCAGGGGGGGAAACGAGAAGGCCUUGUCCCUGUGUGAGCACUGCUCAGCAAUGGGUAAGGCACCAGCGUGUUUUGGUCACGGAUCUAAAACACAGCACCGAGCGGGCUCCUGUGAAGACAGUUAUCUCCAUCCCAGCCAGACCCAGUGCACAGGUCCACUUACCCAGUAGUUAAUCCAAGACUCACUUUCCACGUUUCUGUACAGCACCUUCUCAGGGUGGUUACUUCUUUCUGAAAGGGCUUUUUUCAGAGUAGGCGAUUAGCCUGCUCCACAGUGCUCCCUUUUAGGGAGGGAGCAGGGUAUGCUGACUCUUACUCUUUCAGCACAAAAUGGGGAUGUAAAGCAGAAAUGAGCCCUGUCUGUAUCAGCGUUCUGGCAACUGAGCAGCCAGCGCUGGAGACAACAUAUUUAAUGUGCCCUCAGGGCCUGCACUUUAGUGGUUUGCUCUGAGUAGUUAUGAUGUAUUCUAUGAAUGUAUGUUACAGAGUCAGAAUAAAAUGCAUGUAGCAGACAUAUACUCAUCAUCAUCAUCCAGUGAUCAUUUGGUUCUGAAUGCGUAUUACAUGCUGUAUUGAACAUAGCAUAGUCAUUUUAAGAAACACUAGAGAUUAAAAGUAGAUACCUUACAGUGCACAUCCCGGUUUUGUAAAUCAUGGCUUUGCCUGUGCAGAUACUGUUUACUAAAUCUAAACAGCUCAAGUCCAUUGUUUCUUGAACAGCUUGCGUGUCCCAUUAUCACUACAGAAAUCCUAUUUCAUCUUUGUGG